UAUAAAGAGCAGCCUGCUUCUCCAACACAUUAUCGACAACAUGGCCUUCCUCUGGAUCGUGUCCUGCCUCGCCUUCGUCAGUGCCGCCUAUGGCUGCGGUGUCCCCGCCAUCCCUCCCCAGGUGACUGGCUACGCCCGUAUUGUCAACGGUGAGGAGGCUGUGCCCCACUCCUGGCCCUGGCAGGUGUCUCUCCAGCAAUCCAACGGCUUCCACUUCUGCGGAGGAUCUCUGAUUAACGAGAACUGGGUUGUGACCGCCGCUCACUGCAACGUCAGGACCUACCACCGUGUGGUUCUUGGAGAGCACAACAAGGGCUAUGGCACCAACGAGGAUGUUCAGAUCCUGAAGCCCGGCAGGGUGUUCACCCACCCCCAGUGGAACUCCUACACCAUCAACAACGACAUUGCUCUGAUCAAGCUGUCCACCCCCGCCAAGCUGGGAACCACCGUGUCUCCUGUCUGCCUGGCUGAGUCCACCGACAACUACCCCGCUGGCAUGACCUGUGUCACCUCUGGAUGGGGUCUGAUGCGCUACAACGCUCCCAGCACUCCCAAUGAGCUGCAGCAGGCCGCUCUGCCCCUGCUCUCCAACACUCAGUGCAAGCAGCACUGGGGCAGCAACAUCUCCGAUGUGAUGAUCUGCGCUGGUGGUGCUGGUGCCACCUCCUGCAUGGGUGACUCUGGUGGCCCCCUGGUCUGCCAGAAGGAUGGUGCUUGGACUCUGGUCGGUAUUGUGUCCUGGGGAAGCAGCCGUUGCUCCACCUCCACUCCCGCUGUCUACGCCCGCGUCACCGAGCUCCGUGGCUGGGUUGACCAGACUCUCGCUGCCAACUAAAUCCUAACAGGCAACGUUGUUCACACCGAGGGCCAUAAACCCCACCUGGCCUCAGAGCCCCGACUCGGCCCGGCAGUCCCACUCUGGAGUGUGUGGAUCAUUAAUGAUAAUAAAAACAUCUAAACCUA